GACAAAACUGACAUUUAAGCAUAACUAGCUUUUAGAUCAAAAUGAUGUCAAACAAAUUGUUGACAUAUUUGAGUAACCCAUUGACUUAACUUCCCUUUUAUAAUUAUGCACCGUUUGUUUACUAAAUAAUGAAGCAACAAAUGUUUUCUCUUUUUUUUAAUAAAGUCACCUAAUCACGCUAUUUACAGUGUAUGAAUAUACUGAGUCGACUUGUCUGUAUGAACAGUGUGAAGAAUGCUGGAGCAGAACUCCACAGAUGUGCAUUCCCUGCUGGUUUCCUGGUUCCAGCAGUACUUUAAUGAGAGCUGGUCAAUAGGAGCAGCUCCACACGCAUCUCCCCAUCCUCCACCUGUGCAUCUGAGCGGAGAUAAAGGUUACGGCAUGAUCUACAUCUGUUUGAUGGUGGGACUCUUCAGUUUCUUUACCUUUGGCAUCAUGUUCAGCUACAUCCGCUCAAAGAAGGUGGAGAACUCACGGGAUCCCUAUCAUCAGUAUAUAGCCAAAGACUGGGAUAACAUAGCAUAUCCUGUGGUCAUCAGCAACCCUUCUGCUCUUGCCCAACUUCCAGGGUACAGUGGAAAAGACCAGGAUUCAAGCUAGAUUACUGAUGGUGGAAAGUGUAGCAAUCUGAUUGUCUGUUUCUUUAAAUUGUAUGUUCUCAACUGUUGUUAGUUUAAUGAAAUUCACGUAAAUGUGCACAGAAAUAAAUGACAAACUAUUUAAUUUC